GUGGGAUACUGUUUUUCUUACCCAAGACUUUAUGUCUGUCCAAAAACAGAACACUUUAGCCCUUUGCUUGAUUGGUAGGUUUUGUGUACUGGUGCUUUUCUUUGUCUUCAUUAAAAGUAGUUCCUUCCUUAUACUUUUAUCUCAUCCACCCCUUCCUCAGAUUCUCAAUUGUUUAUUAAUAAUUUACUACCUUUUAUCAUCCCCUUUAUUCAUGUUUGCCACCAUUUUACACCAAGCGACAUCUGUUUUGUUGUUUCUGCGUGAUCUGGAUUAGAUCUCUUGGAUUUCUGUUUGUUCCUUUCUGUUGUUUGUUCAAUCUUUAUUGCUGAGAGAGUGUUGUUAUGGGGGAACUUUGAGGCGCCAAAUUCGUUACUGGAAAAGAUAAGUGGUUCGAGGAGCGAGUUGGUUGGCUAAACUGGGAGGUUUUGAUUUGCUUUAUUGGUCUGUGGAACUUUGGAUGAUUGAAUAGCAUAGUUUGUUCCCAUAUACUUCCAAGACAUGUCAUCUGUUGAUGUAUCAAAGUACGAGCAUAGUCCUGUCCAUAAGGCAAUAAUCUUGAAGGAUUAUGCUGGACUUAGGAAAAUUAUUGCAGGCCUUCCCCGACUGUGUGACCCAUCCGAGAUUCACACAGAGUCAGUUUCUCUUGCAGAAGAAGCUAAAGCUGACAUCAUAGCUGCUGCAAUUGAUCGACGUGAUGUACCGGAAAGAAAUACGCCGCUUCAUUUGGCUGUCAAAUUCGGCGAUGAAACUUCGACAGAGAUGCUCAUGCUUGCUGGCGCAGAUUGGAGCUUGCAGAACGAACAGGGAUGGAGCGCUUUACAGGAAGCAAUAUGCAAUAGGGAAGAAGGGAUUGCUAAAAUUAUAGUCAGGCAUUACCAGCCUUUAGCUUGGGCGAAAUGGUGCAGAAGGCUACCUCGGUUGAUUCAAACGAUGAGAAGGAUGAGGGAUUUUUACAUGGAGAUCACGUUCCACUUUGAGAGUUCGGUUAUCCCUUUCAUUUCAAGAAUUGCUCCUUCAGAUACUUACAAAAUCUGGAAGAGGGGCGCUAAUCUGAGGGCGGAUAUGACUCUGGCGGGUUUCGACGGUUUAAGGAUACAGCGUUCGGACCAGACUGUUUUGUUCCUAGGCGAUGGGUCUGAGGAUGGUCAAGUUCCUCCAGGUUCACUCUGUAUGAUAUCGCAUAAAGAUAAGGAGGUAAUGAACGCUUUGGAUGGUGCCGGAGCUCCGGCGAGUGAGGCGGAGGUGCAGCACGAAGUGACUGCAAUGUCUCAGACUAAUAUAUUCAGGCCUGGCAUUGAUGUCACUCAAGCAGUUCUUAUACCUCAAACGACGUGGAGGAAACAGGAGAAAACAGAGAUGGUGGGCCAUUGGAAAGCUAAAGUGUACGACAUGCAUAAUGUUGUUGUGAGUAUUAAAUCGAGGCGGGUCCCGGGUGCCAUGACGGAUGAUGAGCUUUUCAGCUCGACCAAUGAAAAUGAAGGAGACAAUGAGUUCGACGAUAUUUUGACAGAGGAAGAGAGAAGGCAGCUCGAGGUUGCUCUUAAAAUGGACGCCUCGGAUAAUGGCAAUGAAAACGGUGACGGGAUUAUUGCGCACCGACACAGUUGUUACGACCACAGGGAUAUUCCCAUUGAGGAGAUUGAUGGUUGUAGAAAUGGAGAAGCUAGGCACGAAAAGAAAGGGUGGUUCAAUGGAUGGAGGAGAAAGGAAAAUAAACAAGAGAACGAGAGAAGAAUUGCUCCACCGAGGGGUUCUUUGUGUGUGGAGGAGAAAGUUAGUAAUCUUCUAGAAGAUUCUCCUAGUACUCAGAAUAGUACAGGUAGGCACUCUGUUGAGGUGGUUGUGAAAAGGGAUGAGCAUCGGAGAGGAAGAGAGGUUAAAGGUCCUUCUUUGACGCAUAUUGAUAGUGGGAAUCGAAGAAAGGAUGUAAAUAAGGAGAAUGAAUAUAAGAAAGGUUUAAGGCCGAUUCUGUGGCUUUCUCCAGAUUUUCCGUUGGGUACAGAAGAACUUCUUCCUUUGCUCGACAUUUUAGCGAAUAAAGUUAAAGCUAUACGACGAUUAAGAGAGUUGUUCACUACAAAACUACCCAAGGGGACGUUUCCUGUCAAGCUGGCAAUUCCGGUGGUUCCGACUAUAAGGGUGAUGGUCACAUUCACAAAGUUCGAAGAGUUGCAACCACUAGACGAGUUCUCAACACCCCCUUCAAGCCCAACUGCUUAUAGCAAAGAUAGUCCGUUGAUCCAGUCUUCAACUUCAUCUUGGUUCCAGUGGAUAAAAGCUCCUUAUCAACGAACCGGUUCGUCUUCGAACGGGUCAAGCAGCCGGAUCGAGAAUAUCCAGGACCCGUUUGCGAUUCCUUCAGAUUAUUCAUGGAUAACUGCCGAAGCAAAGAAGAAAAAGAUGCAAGAAAAGAGCAAAUCCAAGAAAGCCAAAAGUCAGAAGUAGCAUUUAUACAUGCCAAACUGAUUUGUAUUUGUUUUCGGUAAUACGUGGUAAGAAUAUCAUUGUGGGGGGUAUAAUAGUAAUUUGGUAUCGGAUAUGUCAUCAUUGUGGGGGGUUUAUAGAAGUUUGAAAAAAGUGUAAUUCUUGUUAACCAUUAUCGAAAAUUUGUUUCGUGUUUAGGGCGUGACUACUUCUACAUGUAGUUUUAGCUUCUUUUACUCGAAGAUUGAAGGGAACUUGUUUGUACAUUCUUCGUUUUGUAUUAUCAUCAUUUUGUUGAUUAGUUUA